AGCUAACACUUAUGUCAAACUUUCUUUUGUAUCACCGGCUGCUUAGUUAGUUUGGAGAAAAAGAUCUAAACUUUAUUCUUGGUAUAAAAUUUUAAAUGUAGUAAAUUCACAGUAGUUGAAAUAACCAUGCUUUUAAAAUAUAUUUUGUUCAUAGCACUGCUUUUUGCCCUUGAACUUGAAACAGCGUAUGCAAAAACAAACUCCAAAAAUGCUGUGGUAGAAGGUAUCACGGACAUGAAGGAACUUAAAAAGCUUUUCAGAACCAAAAACAAUGUGUUGGUUUUGUUCGUAAGUAGUUUGAAAGAGGCCCAAGCAACCGUAAUCGCAUUCCGUGAAGCAGCCGAAGUCAUCAAAGGUCAAGGAACGAUGGUAUUACUGGAUUGCAGCAACAGCGAUAUGAAAAAAAUUUGUAAAAAGCUAAAAGCUAAUCCAGCACCCCAUGCAUUGAAGCACUUUAAAGACGGCGAUUUCCAUAAAGACUAUGAUCGCCAACUGACUGUUACUAGCUUGGCUAAUUUCAUGAGAGAUCCUACAGGAGAUCUCCCUUGGGAGGAAGAUCCCAUUGGAGUCGAUGUUACACACGUUCCAGAUUCAGUUGCUCUCGCAAAAUUUCUCAAAAAAGAAGUACGCCCGGUGCUGGUAAUGUUUUACGCACCGUGGUGUGGAUUCUGUAAAACGCUUAAACCUGAGUUCUCUGCAGCUGCCAGUGAGCUGAAACCCAAAUAUGUUCUAGCAGCUAUAGAUGUGAAUCGUCCAGAAAAUUCAAUUAUUCGCAAACAAUAUAAUAUCACUGGUUUUCCAACUUUGUUGUAUUAUGAAAAUGGGCGCAUGAAGCACACCUUCGACGGGGAAAAUAAUAAAGCCGGAAUAGUUGCUUUUAUGAAAAACCCAGCCUCACCGCCCCCUGCUAAACCUAAAGAACCAGACUGGGCAUCAGAAGCAAGUUCUGAAAUUGUACACUUAAGUAACGCUAAUUUUGAACCGGCGUUGAAAGAUGAAAAAUCUGCGCUAGUAAUGUUCUAUGCUCCAUGGUGUGGUCAUUGCAAGAAGAUGAAACCCGAAUAUGAAAAAGCAGCCAGCCUAAUGAAGGAGCAGAAGAUAGCCGGUGUUUUAGCCGCGCUUGAUGCUACCAAAGAACAGGCAAUCGGUCAACAGUUCGGGGUAAAGGGUUAUCCUACCGUGAAAUAUUUCAGCAAUGGCGAGUUCAAAUUUGAUGUGAAUUUAAGGGAAGCAAACAAAAUUGUCGAAUUCAUGAAGAACCCGUCCGAACCACCACCACCUCCGGCUCCAGAAACGCCAUGGGAAGAGGAACAAAACCAAGUCGUUCAUCUCAAUGAUGAGACAUUUAAAACAUUUUUGAAGAAAAAGAAGCACGCUCUAGUAAUGUUUUAUGCUCCAUGGUGCGGCCAUUGCAAGCGUGCUAAGCCUGAGUUUGCAGGCGCUGCAGAACAUUUCAAAGAAGAUCCCAAAAUAGCGCUGGCAGCGGUUGACUGUACCCGUUACAAUGCAGUUUGCGGGGUCUAUGAAGUUCGUGGGUACCCAACUUUGAAAUAUUUCAGCUAUCUUAAAACUGUUAGAGAAUACAACGGCGGAAGAACACAAAAUGAUUUCAUUAAGUUUCUUUCGGAUCCCGAAGCGCCUGCUCCAGAAAAGCCACCUCCAGAACCAUAUGGGGAUUAUCCUGGUUCAGAUAAGAUUAUCAUGAUCAGUGACAAAAACGUAGAUGAUGUGCUGCACAAUGAGGAUCGUUUACUGGUUAUGUUCUAUGCUCCAUGGUGCGGACACUGCAAACGCAUGAAACCGGAGUUUGCUGAAACAGCAAAUCUACUGGUGAAAACCAACGUAUCUGGCAAGGUGGCAGCUGUUGAUUGCACUGAACAAACCAAAACAGCAGAAAAAUUCGAAAUACAAGGAUUUCCAACGUUGAAAUUUUUCGUGCGGGGGAAGUUUAUUGCCAACUACGAAGGAAAGCGCACGGCCCAGGCAAUGUAUGAAUAUAUUCGCUCAAACGGAGCCACCACCAAAGACGAAUUGUAAACAGCCGAGCCUAUCUUUAAUGCGCCUUUUGUGAUUUGGUGAAACUCGCACAAAAAACGAGUGAUCUUUACUGUAUCUGCCUCAGUUUUAUAUUCCUCUUGUCUGUAUGUAGAUAUGUUCUAUUGAAUAUUAUUUUGUAAGAGUAUUACAUUUGUAACGCCGAUUUUAUCCGUCGGUGUUUGACACAGGCUAUUCUGAUGAAUGUUAACAUAAUUUGACAUAACGUAAGGUGAUUCUAUUUGAGUAAAAGACUUUCAAUGGCACAGAAACGAUAACAGAACAAACUAGCUUUCCGAUUACAAAACCCAUGAAUGAAAAAUGUGAAUAAACUAUAGGUGUUUUAAUUUUUUAA